CAGUCACGUUCCAUAUAAUUUGGAUCAAAAUAAACAUUAUCAGAUUCUCUCAGAUUAACAUUAAUAGUCGUUUCUUUUCAAAUAAAAUAUUCUAACUCACUCCAAAAUCUUCUGACAUAAGAACAGUCCCAAAAUAAAUGGUCAAGAGUUUCUGGGUCACAGCUACAAAAUACACAUUUGUUAUCAAUAGCUAUUUUAAAUCUGUAUAUAAUAAAGGUCUUUACAGGAUAGAUUCUAUGAAUGAGUUUGUAUGAUACUUCUUUCACCUUAUUAGAUAUACAAUAUUUACCAGACAACAAUGAGACUUUGUUCCAGUUCACUUGUCCUAGGGCUGCAUUCCAGUACAUUUUACCAGAGGGAAUAGUAACAUAUUGACAUAGUUUCCUUAUAUACAUGUUAUUACAUUUAUAGUUAACAUGUCAAUUCCUUCUAACUGUAUUGAGGCUACAAAAUCCUCAACAGUUGCACUUGGAGUGUUAUAUUCUCCUAAAAGAAGAAUAGCACCUUUAGGGACAGCUCUAACAACAAUUUGAUACUCCUCAGGAGUGACUGUAACAUUGUGUUCUCAUGAAGUCUUGAUAAUCAUAUAGUUUGCCAUCAUUAUUGAAUAAUUGUUUAACCCAGAUAAUGUUCUUGUCAAACCAGUUCUGGAACAUAAUAGAAUGUUCGUUAGCUGCCCAACAGAGCAUACAGCACACACAUACACAUCCUAUGGAUUUUAGGAAAAUGUCACCACUGAAAUCUUUCCAGGAAACAUCCUUUACAAUCUGAUAGGUAUUUCUGAAGACUUUCCGGUUUAUAUGUGACCAAUGAAUGGGGUUCCAUAUUGUCUUGAUAAGCUGAUUAAUUAUUGACUUGCUUCAUGCUAGCCUCAAAGUUCACACGGUUUUCUAUGUUUUUGUCAAAAUGACUUCAACACCUAGUCUUGCGACAACGACUUCUGUGCCUGAAUUAACUGAAAAGUUUGCUUUGGAAGCUCUUGAUAUUGUUGUGGUCGUGGUAUACUUCGUCUUUGUUCUUGUUGUGGGAAUAUGGUCUUCUGUCAGGGCAAACCGUGGGACGGUGGGUGGAUACUUCUUGGCUGGAAGAUCCAUGACAUGGUGGCCUAUUGGGGCCUCUCUGAUGUCCAGUAAUGUUGGCAGUGGUUUGUUCAUUGGACUAGCUGGCACUGGAGCAGCAGGAGGCAUCGCUGUUGGAGGGUUUGAAUGGAAUGCAGCUUGGGUCCUCAUUGCUCUUGGUUGGAUCUUUGUGCCUGUUUACAUCUCUGCUGGUGUGGUAACUAUGCCAGAGUACCUGAAGAAGCGGUUUGGAGGCCAGCGCAUCCGAAUCUACAUGAGUGUUCUCUCCCUCAUCCUCUAUAUUUUCACCAAGAUAUCAACAGACAUCUUCUCUGGCGCUCUGUUCAUUCAAGUGUCCCUGGGCUGGGACCUCUAUCUCUCCACAGUGGUGCUUCUUCUAGUAACUGCCCUCUACACUAUAGCUGGGGGGCUGACUGCAGUUAUCUAUACAGAUGCUUUACAGACGGUCAUCAUGGUGAUAGGCGCAUUUGUACUCAUGUUCAUAGCGUUUGACAAAGUGGGUUGGUAUGAGGGUCUGCUGGAGCAGUACAAGGAGGCCAUCCCCACAUUGACUGUGCCCAACACUACAUGUCACCUACCCCGGUCCGAUGCCUUCCACAUCCUCAGAGACCCAGUUAGGGGGGAUCUGCCCUGGCCUGGUCUGCUGUUUGGCCUCACGGUGCUAGCCACCUGGGUGUGGUGCACUGACCAGGUGACAGUGCAGAGGUCUCUCUCAGCCAAGAACCUGUCCCAUGCCAAAGGAGGCUCUGUGCUGGGAGGUUACCUGAAGGUCCUGCCCAUGUUCUUUAUAGUGAUGCCUGGAAUGAUCAGCAGAGCACUUUACCCAAAUGAGGUAGGAUGUGUUGACCCCAUUGCGUGCCAAAGAAUCUGUGGAGCCACCGUGGGCUGCUCCAAUAUUGCCUACCCAAAACUAGUGGUAGAACUUAUGCCUGUUGGCAUGCGGGGGUUGAUGAUUGCAGUAAUGAUGGCUGCCCUCAUGUCCUCUCUGACUUCCAUCUUCAACAGCAGCAGCACCCUGUUCACCAUGGACAUCUGGCAGAGGGUCCGGCCACAGGCCUCUGAGCCAGAACUCAUGGUAGUGGGCAGGGUGUUCAUCUUAGUAAUGGUGGUGCUCAGCAUUCUGUGGAUCCCCAUUAUCCAGUCAGCCAACAGUGGACAGCUGUUUGACUACAUCCAGGCCAUCACCAGCUACCUGGCUCCUCCCAUCACUGCUGUCUUCAUCAUGGCCAUCUUCUGGAGGCGUGUCAAUGAGCAGGGAGCCUUCUGGGGUCUGAUCGUGGGCCUUGCUGUUGGCUUGGUGCAGAUGGUGCUGGUGUUUGUGUAUGGCACCCCAUCUUGUGGAGAGAUAGACAUACGGCCAGCCUUCAUCAGGGAUGUCCACUACCUGUACUUUGCUCUUAUCCUCCUGGCUCUCACUGGCCUGGUCAUCACUGCUGUCAGCCUCUGCACUCCGGCCAUUCCAGAGCACCAUCUCCAUCGCCUGACAUGGUGGACAAGACACAGCAAGGAGCCGCGCAUUGACUUCAAUGACCCAUGGACCACAAAGCCCAGGACACCACCCAGAACUCCUGACCCCAGAGUUGGGGAGGAGGCUGCUGUGGAAGGCAGGCCAUGCUGGAAGCGUACUGGAAUGUGGCUGUGUGGGCUGUCUGGGCCUGAGAAGAAAAAGUUAACCCUGGAGGAGAAAAAUGACUUGGAGUUAAAACUGACCAGCAUUGAGGAAGAACCAAUCUGGCGGAACGUGUGCAAUGCGAAUGCCCUCAUACUACUCUCUAUCAAUGUCUUUAUGUGGGGCUACUUUGCCUGAGUUAAUAUAACUCAUUUUGAUUAUAGAUAUUGUUGAAUCACAUAUUGUUUAUUGAAUUACUGAUCACACACAAAAUGCUAAUUGGUUUACAAUUAGAAUGUCAAACAAUAAUGGUAAUGUUGUUGGGAUUUAGACUUUUUAUUGCCAAAACUGUCAUCUGUAUGUGUACUCUUUGAUCAGGGUCAGUAGUUAGGAUUCCAUCCAUUUGGCGACAGAUUUUCAUGCGAAUAUUCUAAAAUCCGCAUAAAAACAAUAUGCACAUUUUCCUACCAUAGAUGAGUUUCCAUCAAAUGGACUUGUUACAGAUAAAAGGCUGUGCGUGAUGAUGUAUUGGACAUAAAAUACCUUUUGCGGUUAAAUUCCCCAUGUACUGAAUAAAAAAUGCAAGUUAAAUGGGUUUCCAUCGCAUUUUCAACUCUACUGUUGGUUUUCUCACAAAAAAAUAUUGCAUUAAAUAGUGAGUGUUCACACUGGUAUUGGCACGUGCGUCUAGCCAACAGCGCUAUCUGUGUACAAAACAUCACAACCGCAAAGCUCUCCAGAGGGUGGUGAUGUCUGCACAACGCAUCACCGGGG